GCUGCUUUCUCUAAGCGGAAAAUUAAAACUAUUUGGAGUUUGUGCCAAAGUUGUCCGAUAAGAGUGUACAGAAACGUUGCUGUCGGAGCAACUAAAAUUUUUCACUUCGCUCAUCAUCCAUUCAAAAAGCACGGACCAGAAAGAGAGAACCAGAUUGAGAUUUCAAUAUUCGAUUAUUUACGACGAAGGAAAAUAUUAAAGGGGGGCAAAAAUGGCACCUAAGUUAUCGGAAGAUGAGAUUGACGACCUCGUCUACUUAGCCCGCACCGGCGAUGAUGCGGAGCUCACGGGGAUGGUCCAGGAACUUGCUGAUCGGGAGGGUGCCACACGGGCCGAUAUCAUAGCGGCGGCCAGGGAUGACGGCAAAGCAACCUGCUUGCAUAUGGCGGCAGCAAAUGGUCAUGCGAAAACUGUCACUUUGAUACUGUCGCAUUUCCCUGCUCCUUCCAAGGCGUCAAAAGAAGCGGCAGCAGCAGCUGCUGCUGCACCAUCUUCAGACGAAGCUGCUUCGCCGUCUCCCAGCACAGAAGCAGAGGUACCUUACAUCAACGUACAGAACGCAUUCGGAAACACAGCUCUACACUGGGCGUGUCUCGGCGGCCACCUAGACGUCGUCAAGCUGCUGCUAUCGCGCGGGGCGUCGCCUACCGCGGCCAACGACAAGGACCAGAUCCCCCUGGACCUCGCGGCGUUCAACAGCCACAUGCACGUCGUGGACUACUUCCUCUCGCAGAGCAAGGAUCUCGAGGGCGAUAAUGCGAAAGAAGGAGGGCUGGAGAAGGGCGCGCAAGAUGUAAGGAUGGGGGAUGAUGGAGAGGGGGAGGGAGCGGAGGAGGGUGCGAAAGCUGCUGGUUCGACGGAUGGGGCCUAGCGGAUAGGUAGAUGCCAGGUAGCCAGAAGGGGAAGCAUGAAGUCCAAUAAUUAUAAAUUUUUUGCAGGCCCGUUUGAGAAGCGGAUGACUACGACCAAGCUUAACCUCUCUGAUUUUACUUCAGUGGUGAUCCCGACCCAUCGAGGAGAUACUCAAACUACCUACCUAGGUACUUCAGUCAGUUGUAGAGUUGAAUAUGAGCUACAAGUGUCAAAUAUGAGACUUUUUUUUCUUCUAUUUUAAUCACGGAAUACAG